AUGCCGCAGUAUGCACCAGCUCAGCCUCCUGCCCGGGCAGUAGGUUACCACAGCCAGGUUGCAGGGGCAAAGUUAACAUCCCAUCUGAAGACACAUCGAGAGAAACCAAAUUUCAUCAUCAAGACCCCAAAGGGCACUAGGGAUCUUAGUCCCCAGCACAUGGGUAGGGGGGAAAUUCUUGAUAUAGUUAUCAGUUGCUUUAAACGUCAUGGAGCAAAGGGAUUGGAUACACCAGCAUUUGAGCUUAAGGAAAUACUCACUGAGAAGUAUAAUGAGCAAUAUGGACUCAUUUAUGAUCUGGAGGAUCAAGGUGGAGAGCUGUUGUCCCUUCGUUAUGACCUUACUGUUCCUUUUGCUCGUUAUCUGGCCAUGAAUAAACUGAAGAAGAUGAAACGAUACCAAGUUGGAAAGGUGUGGAGAAGGGAAAGUCCAACUAUAGUCCAAGGCCACUAUCGGGAGUUCUACCAGUGUGAUUUUGAUAUUGCUGGUCAGUUUGACCCUAUGAUCCCUGAUGCAGAAUGUUUGAAGAUCAUGUGUGAAAUCCUAAGUGGGUUGCAACUGGGAGACUUUCUCAUUAAGGUCAAUGAUCGGCAGAUUGUGGAUGGGAUCUUUGCUGUCUGUGGUGUUCCUGAAAGCAAGUUCCGUACUAUCUGUGCUUCGAUGGACAAAUUAGACAAGAUAUCUUGGAGAGAUGUGAGACAUGAAAUGGUGGCAAAGAAAGGCCUGGCUCCUGAGGUGGCUGAUCGAAUUGGGGACUAUGUCCAACAUCAUGGUGGUAUAUCUUUGGUAGAGCAGAUGCUGCAGGAUCCCAGACUAUCCCAGAACAAGCAGGCUUUGGAGGGGUUAGAGUCCCUGAAGCUUCUUUUUGAAUACUUGACUUUAUUUGGAAUCACUGAGAAGAUCUCCUUUGACCUGAGUCUUUCUCGAGGCCUGGACUACUAUACAGGAGUGAUCUAUGAAGCAGUUUUGCUACAAACCCCAGCUCAGGCUGGAGAGGAGCCCCUGAAUGUGGGCAGUGUGGCUGCUGGAGGGCGCUAUGAUUAGUUGGUGGCCACAUUUGACCCUAAGGGCCAUAAGGUGCCAUGUGUGGGGCUGAGCAUUGGAGUAGAGCGAAUCUUCCACAUUGUGGAACAGAGGAUAAAGACUUCUGAUGAGAAAGUACGGACCACAGAGACUCAGGUGUUCGUGGCCACACCUCAAAAGAAUUUUCUCCAAGAACGGUUAAAGCUAAUUGCAGAGCUUUGGGAUGCUGGGAUCAAGGCAGAGAUGCUAUGUAAGAAUAACCCCAAACUGUUAAGCCAGCUACACUACUGUGAGAAUACAGGCAUUCCCUUGGUGGUGAUUAUUGGUGAGCAAGAACAGAAGGAAGGGGUCAUCAAGCUCCGGUCAGUGGCUACCAGAGAGGAGGAGGCCAUUAAACGGGAACAUCUUGUGGCUGAAAUUCAGAGGCGACUGUCUCAGUCUUGAUCCUUGCCUGAUUGUCAUCUGGUGCUCUUGGUA